AUGUAUCUAUGUAUCUAUCUAUCUAUCUAUGUUUCAUUUCAUCUAUCUAUCUAUCUAUCUAUCUAUCUAUCUAUCUAUCUAUCUAAGGCUGUUCAUUUCUAUCUAUAUCUAAAAAGCUGUUCAUUUCAUCUAUCUAUCUAUCUAAUCUUUUCAUUUCUAUCUAUCUAUCUAAGGCUGUUCAUUAUCUAUCCAUCUAUCUAUCUAUCUAUCUAUCUAUCUAUCUAUCUAUCUAAGGCUGCUGUUCAUUUCUAUCUAUCUAUCUAUCUAUCUAUCUAUCUAAGGCUGUUCAUUUCUUUCUAUCUAAUCUAUCCAUCUAUCUAUCUAUCUAAGGCUGUUCAUUUCCAUCUAUCUAAUCCAUGCUGUUCAUUUCUCUAUAUCUAUCUAUCUAAGGUUAUUCAUUUCUAUAUCUAUAUAUCUAUCUAUCUAUCAUCUGUUCAUUUCUAUCUAGCUAAGGCUGUUCAUUUUUAUCUAUAUAUAUAUCUAGCUAAGGCUGUUCAUUUCUAUCUAUCUAUCUAUCUAUCUAUCUAUCUAUCUAUCUAUCUAUCUAUCUAUCUAUGGCUGUUAAUUUCUCUCUAUCUAUCUAAGGCUGUUCAUUUCUAUCCAUCUAUUCAUCUAAGGCUGUUCAUUUCUAUCUAUCUAUCUAUCUAUCUAUCUAUCUAUCUAUCUAUUUCUUUCUCUCUCUAUCUAUCUAUCUAUCUAUCUAUCUUUUUAUAUAUGGUUGGUCAUUUCUAUCUAUCUAUCUAUCUAUCUCAUUCUGUUCCUAUUUAUCUAUCUAUCUAUCUAUCUACUCUCUUCAAUUUGUUCCUAUCUAUCUAUCUAUCUAUCUAUCUAUCUAUCUAUCUAUCUAAUUCUGUUCAUAUCUAUUUUAUUAUCUAUCUAUCUAUCUAUCUAUCUAUCUAUCUAUCUAUCUAUCUAUCUAUCUAUCUAUCUAAGAAACAUCAAAAUGGUAACAGAACUACGAGCACUGUUAAUGGAAUAUUGAUGACUGAGAAUUAA